GCAGAAGCGAGCCCGUCGAAAAGGAUACAUCCAGCGGGGAGGAUCAAUGACUGUUCAGCAAGGGCAGGAGUCUAUUCAGAACGAGGUAGUUGCGGAGCAAUUGCAGAAUAAUGCUGAGAAUAUUGAUUCAGCAUUACUAAUUGAGCAGCCAAAACGUGCUCGUACAAAAGCACCAAGCAGGUGUAGUAGAUGUGGUUCAUUUGAGCAUAACUGUAGAACCUGUACUUUGUAAUACUGGUGUCGUUAUUAGUAUAGCUAUAAUAUUGUAAUUGCAAUAAGUCGUCAAAGGCACAUUGGACGGAAACUUGACCGGCUCGGUAGUGUGACCGGCUCGGUAGUAGGGUACGUUAAC